AUGGCGCACGACACUCCACCAGUUUACGUGUCCAAUACUCGGCAAUUGCAAGGUUUUCUAAGCCUGAAGAAAAUCGAACAACUACGUUUCUGUGUGGAGAUUACGGAGAACAUAGCAAGAGAGAAGAGUAAAAUAUUUUUGAGCUUUAGCUCAGAAGCAGAAGCAGAAGCUUCAGUGGUUGAGUCCAGAGACGAAAAUUACAGUGGGAGUUACGAUGGUUGCAGUUUGGAGAAGGAACAAGAGGACAAUGAGAAUGACUGCUCUAACGGUGCGUCAUCUGAAGAUGAUAACUUCAGCUCAUACGGUGAGUCUCCUACAGAUUACGAAGAUUCACCAACGCUACCUCCCAAGAAGAGAUAUCAGAACUUCUCAAUGAGCGAAUCUAAAGGGAAUCUGGAGGUUCUAAGUUUGGAGAUGUUGUCGAUAGACAUUGCGAUGGAUUAUUGGAAAUCACACCGGACGCUGAAAUUUGCAAGGGAAAUCGAUGAGGGAACACCUGAGUGUGGGUUUGAAAGCUUGCCUUCUUACUUAUACAUGAUAAGAAGGGCAAAUCAGAGUACAGUUACGCGUCUUCAAAUCGAUGAGCUUGGAAGAUUCAUGUAUGUGUUUCUUGCCUUUGGUGCGAGCGUUAAUGGGUUUUCUUUCAUGCGCAAAGUUGUUGUAGUCGACGGUACGUUUCUCAAUGGUAAAUACAAAGGGACGCUACUCACAGCACUAGCUCAGGACGGUAACUUCCAUAUUUUUCCAAUAGCCUUCGCAGUGGUUGACACAGAAAAUGAUGAUUCGUGGCAUUGGUUUUUUACGCAACUAAAACUUCUGAUUCCUGACGACGAGGGUCUUGCGAUAAUCUCAGACAUGCAUAACUCGAUAGGGAAAGCAAUUAGAAAUGUGUAUCCGUUGGCUGCUCGGGGAAUAUGUACCUACUAUUUAUAUAAGAACAUAUUGGGACGGUACAAAGGAAAAGAAGCAUUCCGUCUGGUGAAGAAAGCGGCAAGAUGUUUUAGGAUGUCUAACUUUACUGCGAUUUUCGACGAGAUUGAAGCGAUUCAUCCUGCACUCCACGGCUACCUCCAAAGAGCUGAUGUCCGCCUGUGGACGCGUGUUCAUUUCCGGGGCGAGAGAUGGUUUGCUGAACGGAGAGAGGAUGCCAGAUCGCAGCCAACGACGCUUAUGUGUGGUGUCGAGAAACUACUACAUCGAAAGUGCACAUGUUGGCGUUUCGAACGCGAGAAAUUACCAUGUGUACACGCAAUCGCAGCUGCGGAGUACAACAGUGUUUGUCGUAUAUCCCUGUGCAGUCCUUACUAUAACAGUGAAUAUUUGGUGAGCGCAUACGCUGAAUCUAUCAUGCCGGCUGACUCAGCGCAACCUGUUCCAGAAAUCGUGGCAAACCAACCGUGCUUGCCCCCGUAUAUUCGUCAACAACCAGGAAGACCUAAGAAAAAUAGGAUGAAAUCUGCUUUAGAAGUUGCACUUCAAAACAAACGUCCUAGGAAAGAACACAGAUGUUCUCGAUGUAGACAGAGUGGCCAUAAUGCGAAAACUUGUCUGAUGUAA